CAUCGGUGCUCAUAAAGUGGUAUUAUGGGCUGAGCGGAGGAGGAGCGGGUGGGGCCUGGCUGGGAACACAGAGGCAGACUGUGGGCACUGACCGGAGACUCUACUGGUUUUUUAUUCGACUCAAAUCCGACCGCAUGUCUGACCCAGGGCUCCGCCUGCUGCCCGGAGCACACGGCUCUCAUUUCGCCAACAUUUGACAGAUGGAUGCUGUGCUGUCGUAGAAGAGGAGGAUGAAAAUAACGCGUGAUAUAUUGUUUGGCAAUUUCGCUCAUCGCCUAUUUAUGGGAGGCAGCGGCGGCUCGGCCCGUUCUUUAUUAUAGGAACGAGAUCUCCGCGGUUAGCUAUGUGAAGAGCAGAUCGCCCGACAAUUCUCGUUUCGCGACCCUGAGGAAUAAUUAUGAACAACACGCAAGAUAUGUCGCCCGAUUUUGUGUUGAUGCGCCUGGUUUCCGCGGCCGAGGAUGACCGCUUGGACGCGGAAAACGGGAAUCUGCCGCCGGGAGGAGUGGUGGCGGGGCUGGGGAAGGAGGUCCUGGCUCACAGCGGCGUCAAAGCGGGUUUGGAUAUCAGCCGAGAUCCGACCGCGGGCCUCGAGCAUCCUAGCAGCCGUCUGAACAAAGCCCAGCCGAGCGGUGAGGGCACGGCUGCACCUGACUCCGGGGUGACGGAGAGCCGAGCCCCGCUGUCGGCGCCUCCUCCGCCGCAGAGCCCCAUGGAGGCCCAGGGAUUUGACUUCGCUCCCAGCCCCGGCCUACGGCCUCAGCUGCUCGUCUUCUCCAAUAUAAUGCGGAACGGAGAAGGGAUUUUAGAAUUAGACCGACGGAAUCAACCGAGGGAUGCUCUGGGAUUGGACCAGAGCCCGGGGUCUGCAGUCUGCUCCGACCCGGCUGUCAAUAACAACACUCGGAGUCCCGGAGACGUUCAGCAGCAGCAGCAGAGCCUGCUGGACCGGACAUGGGGAGCGCAUCCGCCGGUUUCUGUAGCCGCGGAGAUGCAGGGAGCUGCGGAGCUAUGCCGCCGGCAUCGACUCAUCACCACCCCGCCCGAGUGGCCCUUGUUGUCGGAGACAUCCAGCCCUCUCACCGUGAUAGACUCUAAAUGGGGAUGCGCCUCCAGGGACAGAGAGGGAGCCGUGUUCGAGCUGGCCCGACGGUUCGGGGAGCUGGGGGUCGGCGCGGUACCCAAGAUGCUGUUCAAAGCAGGGGAGCUCCCGCAGUGUUCGUGUCAGGGUUCACAUAGGCCGGCAGGAAGGGGAGUGGAGCACGGGGAUGACCCGACAGAAACCAGCGAUGCUUUGUUGGUGCUGGAGGGGCUGGGGAGCGGGGAUGUUGCAGGCCUGGCCAUGGACGAGUGUCCGGAGGGUGAGCCGGAUGAUGAGAACGGACGCCGUGAGUUUUUACUCAACAGGAAAAGGGAAAUAGUUCAGAAAAUGUCCGGGGCGUUCUCCAUCAGCAGCUUCCAAGUGGAGCUGAGGAGGCAGGUGGAGGGGAUGGCCCACGCGGCGACCGAAUCGGCGCCAGCGGCAGCGCACCUUGGCGCGCAGGUGUGCAGCCUCCACGGGAACAUAACCAGCCGGCUCUCGCAGCAGGGAAACUCUGGCGAUUCAGAGGUUGUCGCCCAGGUUCCAGCCACGUCACCUACACCGGUCCAGAGCUCACCGUGGGCCGCAAGCCCAAACCUGAGCCAGGCGUCGACACCCAGGAGGCGGCCGGAGCGGUGCGCCAGCGCGCCGCGGACUCCCACAGGCAGCUGGGCCGCGGGUGGAGAAAAGACCCUCAAAGUUCCAGGGAAGUCCAAAAAGGGCUCGUUAAAGAUCCGCCUGAGCAAACUGUUCCGGACUAAAAGCUGCAGCGGCUCCAAUCACCUGCUGGACAAGAGGCCCUCGGUGUCCUACUCCGUGUCUUCUGCCGGGAGUCUGGUGGACAUGGCGAGCCACGCGGGAGCUGAGCAUGACGCAGACAGCCACAGCCAGCCCAGACUGACCAGGGCCCACAGUGCCUUCUCCCCCGCCUCCCUCUCUGCCUCCCUCUCUGCUUUCACUGGUGAGACGGUCUCCCUGGUGGACGUGGACAUUUCACGGCGGGGGGCCAACACGCCACACCCUCCCACGCCUCCCCCUCCUCCACGCCGAAGUCUCAGUUUGUUAGAUGACAUAGCUGGGCCUCAGCCUGGGCCUUUCCUAGUGAGUGUUAUGGGCGCCUCCCUGCAGUCCCUCCCCCUGCCUCUCCCUCCUCCUCCUCCUCCCUCCCACGCCACCAUCCAGCACAGUCUCAGCCUCAAUGAAUCCUUCCUCCGGGCCCUCCCUCAUUCGACGGCCUCUCCGGCUGACGCCGCACCCCCUUCCAGACAGGUCCCGCCCCCCAUGCUGUGCGCCCUGCGGCGGUCUGAGGCCAGCAACUUCACCGCCAGUCUGAGAGAGCUGGAGAAGUGUGGCUGGUACUGGGGUCCGAUGAACUGGGAGGACGCGGAGAUGAAGCUGAAGGGGAAACCGGACGGGUCCUUCCUGGUCCGAGACAGUUCAGACCCCCGGUACAUCCUGAGCCUCAGCUUCAGGUCGCAGGGAGUCACACACCACACACGCAUGGAGCACUACCGGGGGACGUUUAGCUUGUGGUGUCACCCGAAGUUUGAGGACCGCUGCCAUUCGGUGGUGGAGUUCAUCGAGCGAGCCAUCAUGCACUCCAAGAACGGCAAAUUCCUCUACUUCCUCCGCUCCAGGGUCCCAGGUAACAUAUAGGUCACAUGUAUGUGCAUGGAGCCCCG